AUGAUUUCUGAUGAAAUAUUAUUAAAUAUAAAACCUCACGUUAUUACCAAAGCGGACCGAUGUGACUUUCCAGAAUUUUCUAAGCCAGUGGCUCACGGCGGCUUCAGCUUAUCGCCAUAUGGAAAAUUUGAGAACAAUGCAAAUCGCUUGCGCUACGUAGUCGUUCCAAAAAUGGACAAAUUCCAAGUGCACCUGGGGGACUCUGAGCCGAGUCCUCCGCGAAGUUUACUCUUAUCGCAGCCAGGCUUGGACAACAUACUAUUGUACAUGGAGAGCACUGGGACAUCCCAUCUAAGCGCCAAACUGGAGGUGGAAGUCAGUUACGACAUUGUGUGCACCACCGAAGUUCUUGAACUAAUCUUGAGGACUCCCUACGAAAUGAAGGAGAACUGGACCCUCGCCGUGACCAAGUAUCGAAACACGAUUUACAUCAGCCCCGUGGUUCCUGAGGAUCUAAAAACUUCUCCUAUGAAGGAACUGAAUGCUGAUUGGCUCGCAAAGCUUCGUAGGCACUUCCUAUCCGAGAAUGCAAAUGCAAUGCCGAAACCAUGCGACCCAAUGGAACCGACUGGACAAUACAACGGAGUGUUUUCCUUCAGCAUAAAUGGCACACGUUUUAUUUUCGAUUCACCAAUUCUGGCCGAAGGUUUUUGCACAGGAAGUGACAGAAGUUCAAAUUUAGUCUUUACGGAGCUGCAGUUUCGCCAAGACAGUAUGAGCGUGGAUGAAUGGGCUACGCACAACCGUUGCGACGCCCUCAAGUGGUGGUCCAAGUGUUUUCUGGUGGGCAUCGAAAACAUUUACGUUGCUAAUGUUAACCGUCACACCAUCGCGCACACCAUUAACAAGCUAUCUGUGCGCCAACUUUGGAAGGACUGCGAAAAAGCCUGGUCACCGCAUGUCUGUGUCAAUUUCCUACUGCGGCUGGUGGACCAGAUUCGCGGCUUUAUGUCGGUAGUCGACUGCCCCAGGACCGUGUAUCUGUUGAAGUUUGAUGCUAGCCGGGGGGAGAUCUCGUACACAUCGUAUCUUGGCAGGAACCUGUAUACCUUCAUUCCCGAUUGGUUUCGCAUCAUGUUGGACGAGCGCAUGGAGGACUUUACCCCCACAACACUUCAUAAGAACUAAAGAAAAUAAUUUUUCA